AAAAAACCAGUACACUAAGUUUACACAACAAUACUUUUCACAUUUACCAUCGAAACAAUUACCCUGGAAACGAGUGGUUGUUGUUGUACUUGCCAAACAAACAAAAUAAAAUUUAUUUUAAAAUAGCUUGCUCUCACAAAGGAGUUGAUGACAAACUCAAUAAAUGAAUUUUAUAGUUCAAUUUUAAAAAUUAUAUACAUACAUACAUAUAUAAGAAAAUCAAUAUGGCGCAGGGGGAUAUGGAUGAGGACUUUCUUAACUUUGAAUCGAAAGUAAAUCAGGUAAUGAAAUUAUUAGAGGAUAUGGCGGCCGCAAAUAAAUCCGAUGCAGAAAGUGCUGCUAAAAAGCCAGAAACAAAGUCUGAAAUUAAUCAAGAUAAUUUCAUUGUAAAUGUUCGUCAAGACCGCACAGUGCUCAAUCGCAAAGCGGUCUAUCAAAAGGACCCAUCAGAUACUGGAGGUCCACAACAAAUGGACAAGUACACAUUUAUGCAGCAGAUGGAGCAGGAUGCCGCCGAAAGAACCAAGAUUCGACAGGAACGUGAGCGUAUUUCUCAAAACUUUCGUAGCAUGGGCAACGAUGCUUAUCGUAAGCAGAACUAUGAAAAGGCAAUACAAAUGUAUACAAAAGCCAUUGAACACGUUAAAGACAGUCCUAUAUUAUACAACAACCGAGCGCUAUGUUAUCUUAAGUUGAGGAACUCUAAACGGGCAAUUGUUGAUGCCGAUUAUGUAAUUAAUAAAUUGGACGAAAAGAACUUGCGAUCUUGGUUGUACAGAGCAGCUGCUUAUCUGAGAUUGGGUGAUGAAAAAAAUUACGAGACCAGCAUUAAAUUCGCAAAGAAAAAUAAUACCAAAGAAAUCAGCUAUAUAACUGCAUUUCAAGAAAAACUCAGAACUGAUUUCUGAAUAUAUUAAAUUUUAUUAUUUUCUAUUUUUCCGCUAAAUAUAUUCACGUAAAACUC